GAGCCAGAAUGCGCCCCCACAGAUUCACUUCUAAUUUCAACCUUUAUUGCCUUCGCAGCAGGUUCAUAUUCCAACAAGACAAUAGCCAACUAUGUCUUCGGAGUCCAUGCCUGGCACAUCCUACAUGGCAUACACUGGGUACUCAAUGACGAAGAGAUAGAUGCCCUCCUCAAAGCCACCAAGAACCUAACCCCUCCAUUAUCGAAGUGCAAAAAGAGACGCCCAUACACCGUCGAAUUCAUUUGCGCAAUCCGCGACCGACUCAAUCUCCAAUUGCCCCUUGAUUCAGCCGUAUAUAGUUGUCUCACU